GACAUCCUCAUGAUGCUCGUGAGCCGCGGGGCCAAGGUCAACGACCCGGAGGAGCACGGCAUCACGCCGCUUUUAGCGGUGACGCAGCGGGGCAAGGUCGGCGAGGUCGACCAGCUGCUGAAUUUCGGCGCGGACGCGAACCAGGCCGACGCCGAGGGGUCCACGGCGUUGAUGCGCGCGGCCCAGAGCGGCCACAAGGCCAUCGUCCAGCGCCUGCUGUCCGCGGGCUGCGACGUGAACAAAAUCGACGAGUACAACCGGUCCGCGCGCGACCGCGCGAUGGCCGCGGACAAGGUCGACAUC